AUGGGUAAUAUCCAAGGAGAAAUCGUUGUAGCUGGACACAACCUCGUCGCUCUUGGCCAGUUGUCGGAUGUCCACCAGUCAGCGCCAGUGUACUGGCUUCCUCAAGACAUGCCGCAUCUCGUGUCGCCACUCCCCCUGAGCGAGCCCGAGUCCGUACCCACCGGCCAGUCUAUUCACCAGGUCGUGGAUCAUGUUUAUGUCCCCCCACAUUCUCCCCACCUCGCCACAGUAUUCCAAUACUUUCCUCGUGUCGAUGACAGUCGCGCAGCCUUCCUUAUAGAUGGUACCCAUAUUGUUCAAGUCAAUUCCCAUAUCCUGGAAAUCGGCGCAGGUACAUUGUUCAGGCAUCAUAUGCAUCCUCCUGGUCUGGAUUCCGAGGCCCAAAAUGCACCAGUGAUCGUCGAGCCUGAGGAAAACGAGGACACAAGCAUUAACGACGCGACAAGCAACGAAGAGUCCGACGAGCAGUCCAUGGGCACCGACCAGGAUCAAGAAUCGGACUGCUUCAAGCGACUAUUGGCAGAUUUCCAGCGGCCCGACAACGAAGAGAUCCGGAACCGGAUCUUGAGAGCCUUUCCCAGUCAACCCCGUCGGCAAUUGCUCGCAUUUUACAUCCUCACGCAGACUUGGUGUGAAAAUGACGAGAUGGAGCCUGCUCUUGAUGACAACGAUCCGUUCGUCGUCAGUGGCGUCCUCUCCCCGGGUGCAACGACGAGAUUUGAAUAUUUCCACGAGUCUACCCAGGGACACUUGUGCUUUGCAGAUGAUCAGAAUGGACCGUGUGAUCACAGGUGCUCCAGGAGGGACAGAGCAGCCGCACAUGCCAGAGCGCAUUUCGAGUACCGUCCAUUUGCUUGCAAUGGAGCAUGCAAGAAGAAUGGGUGCCUCGAGCGAUAUACCUCCCUGGGCUUGCUCGCCGAUCAUGUGAACCGCAAGAAGAAGCCAAAGAAGCAAUGCGAAAUCUGCGAAAAGGUUCUCACGCGCCAGAAUCUUCGGAGACACAUUACGACUCUUCAUCCAGAUGCAGUUCAGCAAGAGGUUGUUCAAGUGGCGCAACCAGUGAGUGGCAUUCCCUUACAAAGCGUCCCUCGUCUAAGGCCCACAACUUUGCCAGAAGAAGAAAAGGCUUCUCACAAUGCUUCGUAA